UCAGCCACCAACCCUUUAUAACAUGAAAAAAUGAAUUGCCUAGAGAAUUAAAUAAACAAUUACAGUCUCAUAGUCAUAUAAAGUAGUCUCAUUUUAGUAAACAAAGAAAUUCUCAUAUGUUAACGAGACACACGUAGCCCAUGACAUUCCACUUUGGGAACAGGUUUGGCGUCAAAGUCACGCCCUGGAACGCGCAUUCCUUCCGCACACCCAUUACCAUGACAGAUGCUCCACUGCAGUGAGGAUGAUACUGCAUCUCUAAACAUAUCGUUAAGGUCCGACUGGUGAUAUUUUGGAAAAACGAGAGAAGCAACCAUGAGGGACAGAUUGGAUCAUCUGCAGAACAUCUCAGAGUCGAGCAGUCAUGUGGACGAGAUGGAAUUGGAUUCUUAUAGCAAUGUGGACCUGGAAGAAGAUUUCCCCCAGCAGGCUGUCAUUUUUGACAGAAGCGAUAAGAUGGAUACUGUGCUCGAUCAGGCUCAAGAAACCAGGCGUGAGAUUCAUCUCAUCCGCCUUGAGGUUAAGCGUUUAAAGGAUCAAAACACACGAAUUCUUAGCGAACCAACUCGUACGACUCACGUAAAGCAUGAUGCCAACGUCAUCGUUGAUGGCAUCAAGACCCGUGGAGAAGACAUUCUAGCCCGCCUUCAGAAAAUGGAUGCCCAUGCCAAAGAGCUUGAAGAGGAACAUGGGGUGAACUCUGCUGUUGCGAGAGUCGCCCGGACGCAGUACGCCACCCUGAGCAACAACUUUCGUGAUGCAAUGACAGAAUACAACGACGCAGAGAUGAGCCACAAGGAGAACUGCAAGCUUCACAUUCAGCGGCAAAUGGAGAUUGUGGGAAGAGAUGUUUCGGGGGAGCAGAUUGAGGAGAUGCUGGAGAAUGGUCAGUGGAAUAUCUUCACCGAUAAUGUUAUCUCAGAGGGUAAGACGGCUCGUUCUGCACUCAACCAGAUUGAAAGUAGACAUCGGGACCUGCUGGAGUUAGAAGGUCGACUCCAGAGUCUACACGAAGUCUUUCUGGAUGUGGCUAUGCUUGUGGAAGAACAAGGACCCAUGACAGACUACAUAUUAAACAAUGUUCAGAAAACUGAUGCUAUGAUUGGUGAAGUCCUUAUGAAACUGGGACAAGCCAAGAGACAUGACAAUAACAACCCAUUCAAGAGAAUGUUCUGUGGAUGUUUUCCAUGUGCAAAAAACUGAGACUGCUGAUCAGCCACUAUAUGGAAAUGUGCUGCUGUAUCUGCUGGAUUUUCUUUUUUAUUUAUGUCAAAGAAAAGGACUACAGUCCUCCAAGCAUCCAGAUUGAAGAGAUCAUAAAUUCUUCAAUGCUGCUCAACCGUAACCCAGAACAGAAAAAACACAAAAAUGGAAAACAUUCUUUACACGUAGCCUUAAAAUAAUAACUUGGAAUAACCGGUUACACUUUACAAUAAGGUUGUAUUUGUUAACAUUAGUAGAUUAACAUGUUAAAGUUAGCUAAUGCUAAUACUUUUUGGGGGGGAAUAUUUAAUACAAAUAUUCAUAUGAAUAACUUUAAUUUUCCACAAGAAAAUCUACCUUUAUUCUUUGAAUAACAACAUUUCUAUUUCUUUCAAUAUUCUGACCUGAAAUGCACUUUUCUUGAAUAAGCCUUCUAUUGGGGAUAUGAAGAAUUUGCCACAUUUUGCCAUAUUUGCAAUGCAAAGAUGAUUUGCUACUAUGUUUUUUUAAUCCAAAACAAUACUCAGUGUGAAUAUCUUAGGUCUUUUAAUUAAAUAAAAUCAGAUAAUUAAAUUAUCUAUCUAUUAUAUCUCUUAGGUCUAUUAUCUAUUAGUGGAUUGUAAAAUGUUUGGUUUAUCAAUAGAUACACUGUAAAAAAGACUUCACUGCCUUAAAUUGUUUUGUUGAAUCAACUCGGAUUUACAAGUCAUUUUAACUUACUAUUAUUUAUCUUGACUAGAGAUGAGUUGUUAUAACUAUAGGUGAGUUGUUAUAACUUAUAAAAUUAAGUUGACUUUUCUUAACUAUAUUUUAUAAGUUGUGACAGCUCACCCCUGUUGACAUGACUUGUAAAUCUGAGUUGAUUUAACAAAAAAUAUUAAGGCAGCAAAGUAUAUUUUACAGUGUACAUGUUCCCACUCUACACUCCGUGAAUUCAACAUUUGUUGAUAUAUUUUUAUAAUUAUGUGAUCUUUUUUUACUAUAGCUUUACAUGACUGAUGCUUCCUUGUUUCUAGAAAAUACCAUGAAUACCAAUAAUGUGACAUAAAUAGAUUGUUUGUAGGAAGUCUUCUUUUAAGUGACAAGAUGUCUAUGUGCUAAACCUUUUAAGACUGUCAUUAGACUGUCACAAGUGGGAGUCGAGAAAACGUUUUGGUACUGUAGCACAUUUUUGGUCGUUACUUUACGUAAGUAAUGUCUAAAGUAUUGAACAUGAAUAAUUGACUAAUAAUCUUAAAUUUUCCUUUUGAAUAAGGGCGGCACACAGUCAGAUUUCCUUUGAAAUCUCAAACAUGCAUUUUAGUCUGGGACUAGGAUAAGCCCUGUCCGGAAAACCACCCCAUAAUGUUACAUACCGGUAUAAUGAUAUUAAAUAGUUAGGUUAUUGUAAAUCACAGAUUUCAACUAAUAAAUCAUAAAAAAACACCUGUUUGGUAACGUGCUUGCUCAGGAGGUGAACCGUUUUAAUAACUGAAAAUAUAUAUAGAGGUCAGUUUAAAAAAAAAAAGUAAAAUUUUUUAGAAAGUCAAGUUUAUGGUCAGUUUUUAAUCAUUCCAGGUAAUAAUUCACAAAAAUACAGCGAGAACAUAACAUAUGAUACAAUGAUUUUUUUCUGUA